CUUCGGUAUAAGAGUCAAUUCAUACGCCAUGGAAGGCUCCAUCAUUUGACGUAUGAGUUGACAUUAGAUUUCUAGAAGAGAGUACAAACACAACGUGUACAUACGUGUUUUGUGAAAAGAUUACAUUCUCAUAAUGAGUACAGUAGAAAAUUCUGUAAUAAAGAUCAAUAAAUGGGACGGUUCAGCCGUGAAGAAUGCUUUGGACGACGCAGUCAAGGAUGUACUUACAAAGAAAUAUAAUUAUAUAGAAAAUUUUGCUCUUCUUGAUGGAAGACUUGCACUCUGUGGGAUUGCAGUUACAAUAGCUAUCAUAGCAUUGUUGUGCGAUUAUCUGUAUCCAUUCCCUGCUUCUAAACCUGUUUUAGUAGCCUGCGUUUCUCUGUAUUUUAUCCUGAUGGGACUCUUGACGUUAUAUACAACGUACAAAGAGAAAGGCAUAUUUGUGGUUGCAAUCCAAAGAGAUCCAGCAGGGUUCAACCCUGAUUUAGUCUGGGAGGCAAGUUCCUAUUUGAAAAAAUAUGAUGACAGGUACAACUUGGUAUUGUCGGUUAGGAGCGUUUCAUCAGGCAACAUUAAUGAGACAACAGUAACUAAAUCUAUUGCAAAUUUUAUCGAUGUUAAUGGUGUGGUGAUUCCAGAAUUGAUAGAAACCGUUGUGACGAGUCUGCAUGAUAGUCUGACAUCACAACGCAAGGAAAAGUAGCAGUAUUUUGAUACUUGAACAAUGAAGUUACUUUCUGUUCUAAAUGAGAAUAAAUUCAAUAUUAUUGCAAUUUUUCAUCUGUCAUUUAAAAUAGGCAAUCCAUAUUUUUACGUUUCCAAUCUGGUGUAAUAAUAUAAAUAACGCAUAAUGAAAGUAAAAUAUUUAUUCCUCUGUGUGUGUGAUGUGGGUGUUACAAUUAUUAUAUUCAACAUUUGAUGAAGAGGAAACAAACAUUAAAAAUAUUCAUUUUCUAGACAAAUAA